GAGGUGGCCCAUUUCAAAUAUAGAAUCAAUAAUUUAAGAAGAUUAGGCUAAUUGUACAAUUUAUAAUGACUUAAAAAAACGAUUAAAAAACUAAAUAAAAUUAAUAAAGUGCAAUUCCCACUCGCGAAUCAAAUACUCCACCAAAAACCAAUCGCUACCCUCAAAUCAAAAUAUAAGAAACCCCUCAUUCCUCUCAAUUUCAUCUUCAACUAACCUGAAAACCCUAAAACCCCAACAAUGGCACCAAUCGAUCCACACUCAUUCACCGAUUCAACCCACCCACUAACCACCCACAUCUCCCUCUCACUCUACUUCGAUUUCUCCUCCUCCACCAUCUUAUCCUCCGCCAUACUCACCCUAUCCCACCCCCACACCGGCGACCUUCUUCUCGACACUCGAUCACUCACCAUAACCUCAGUAAUCGACCCAACAAACAACACCCAGAUCCCCUUUUCCCUAUCCCCUGACGUUGACCCCAUAAAGGGCCAACCUUUGACUGUUUCGGUUACAAAUUGUUCCAAAAUCUUGAUCACUUUCGUGACGUCACCUUCAAGUUCUGCACUCCAAUGGCUUACCCCACCUCAAACGUUCAAUAAGAAGUACCCUUUUGUGUAUACCCAGUGUCAGUCUAUCCAUGCGAGGUCGAUUUUCCCGUGUCAGGAUACACCCACAUCACGUGUUCGAUAUAAUGCCAAGCUGAAUGUUCCGCAUCAGUUAUCGGGUGUAAUGAGUGCGAAACAUGUCGAAAGGCGCCCUCCGGUUAAGGGGGAGGGAAUGCUGGCGUGUGAUGAGUUGUUGUGGUGUGCUGAAGGGAGAAUUGUGGAGGAGUUUGUGAUGGAACAGCCGAUUCCGCCUUACUUGUUUGCGUUUGCGGUUGGGGAGAUUGGGUGUAGGGAAGUUGGACCUAGGAGUAAGGUGUUUGCCGAGGCGGUGGGCUCGGUUUUGGAUAGUGCAGCGAAGGAGUUUGCGGGUACGGAGGAUAUGAUUCGGAUUGGGGAGAGGUUGUUUGGGGAGUAUGAUUGGGAGAGGUUUGAUUUGCUUGUUUUGCCUCCCAGUUUUCCUUAUGGUGGGAUGGAGAAUCCUAGGAUGGUGUUUUUGACUCCAACUGUUAUUAAGGGUGAUGCCAGUGGGGCCCAGGUUGUCGCUCAUGAGCUUGCUCAUAGCUGGACUGGGAAUUUGAUCACUAACAAGACUAACGAUCACUUUUGGUUGAAUGAGGGAUUUACAACGUAUGCAGAAAGGAGAAUAGUUGAGGCUGUGCAAGGGGAAGACAUAGCGGCUUUAAACAUUGGAAUCGGUUGGAAAGGUUUAGUUGAUGAAAUGGAGAGAUUCAAAGAUAACAUGGAGUUCACAAAGCUGUUGACUAAUCAAGAAGGUGUAGACCCUGAUGAUGUUUAUUCUCAAGUUCCAUACGAAAAAGGGUUUCAGUUUCUAUGGCGCAUCGAGCGACAGAUUGGAAGGGCAGCUUUUGACGAGUUCCUUAAGAAAUACAUCACUGCAUUUAAGUUCCAAUCAAUUGAUACGCACACGUUUCUUGAUUUCUUGAAAGCAAAUGUUCCUGGAAUAGAGAAUGAUAUUGAUUUAAAAACAUGGACCGAGGGUACUGGUAUCCCUCCUGAUGCAAUGGAGCCGGUUUCUAAUAUUUAUACAAAGAUUGUUUCACUUGCACAAGAGUUUAAACAAGGUAGGAUGCCAAGUGAGGAAGAAGUCGCCAGCUGGCAUGGACAGGAAUGGGAACUUUAUUUGGAAAAUCUCCCAAAAUCUGUCGAAGCUUCACAGGUUACAGCUCUGGACUGCCGAUACAGGCUAUCAGAAUCAAAAGAUUAUGAGGUGAAAGUAGCAUUCCUGCAACUAGCAAUUGGUUCAAGAUGCAAUGAAUACUAUAAUGUCGUGGAGAAAACAUUAAAGGAAGUAGGGCGAAUGAAGUACCUUCGCCCGUUAUACACAGCACUCGUGCAGGGGAAAGAAGAAGAAAGGAUAUUUGCUCAACGGGUUUUUGCAGAAGCGCGUGAAACUUAUCAUCCCAUAGCGCAAGGUGUCGUUGAGUGCAUUCUUUCCAAGCAUCUCUAAUUUCGCGAUCGAACAUUUGACUAAAAAGACUUGUUGAUUUAGGAGUUUGAAUUUGAUGAAUCUAUGUGGACUGUCUUUUAACUUUAUGUUCAGGUUCAUGCACAGGUUUCUUGAUUUUCUGGUUGAUAUUGUGUAACCCUGAACAGAUUAUCUAGGAUAAAAAAAAAUCAUGAAAUGCAUAACAUAUAAAUAUAAAAUAGAGUUAAAUA